CUCAGCCAGCUUCCAUCCGCUCUCCUCCCCGUCCACCACCACCACCACCAACACAACCACCCCACGUCCACCGCCACACCCACACCCACACCACUCCCUCUCACCCCCCAGCUCUCAGAGCAUCCCUCAACCGCCCAUCCCGCGACCAGGGAUACCCGGUGGCCGCGGCAAUGGCCACGCAAACGGCAGCGGCAGCAGCAGCGAAGAGGCCGCCAUUCCAGAAGAUCCUGGACCCGACCAAGGUCGGAACAUGGCAGGUGGCGCGUCGGCCGCCAAUUGAGCAGGGCAGCGUGAUCCAAGGACGGGUCCGCGACCAGAACUCGAAUGCCUUCAAAGAUCACCAGGUCAAGGAGGGAGUGCGGUUACGCAAGGCCCUGAACGCGAUCACCCACGGCAAGAAUAUCUUUGUCUAUCAUAAUAUCCGCACCAACCAGGUGGUGUAUUCGCUGACACGGUAUUUGGAGGAACACUCCGUCCUCAAACAACUCAUCUACCACGGCAAAAAGACCGUCCCCUCCAGCCUCCGCAAAGACAUGUGGGUACCGUACUACAGCGUCCACUUCAGCGAACCGAAAAUCGGUCUGCGGGCGUACCACCUCCUCCGCGAAUUCUCGAUGCAGCGCCAACUCGCCCCGCCUCGGUCCCUGAUAAGCAUCACGGAGUCAUGGCUGGCGCAAAGACGGCCGCGGGAUCCCAAAGCGGCGGGCGAAUUCGACGAGAAGUACGCCAACAAGAUGGGCUGGCUGAUGGAGAAGAAAGACCGGGCCAGGGCGGUGAUGGACCAGAAGGCGACCAGCGUGGCGGAUAUCUCGGCCGUGUUGGCGAUUCAGGAGCAGGAGGUGGCGGAUGGGUUUGCGGAUGGGAAGAGGGGGUAUUUGACCAAGACGGCGAGACGGAGACGGAGGGAGGCGCGCGCCAAGGAGGAGAAGAAGCGUCUGGAGCAGAGUGAGCGCGUCGAGAAGUUUGCCGAUACCUUGAGUGGGCCCAUGGUCGAGUAUACCAUUCGCGAGGUGCAGGAUACGACCGGCGCCGUGGAGGGCAUGGGCGUCAAGAUUCUCUGGACGGAUGUGCAUAAUGCCCGGUUUGCGAAGAGUUGGCCGGAACGGGUGAGGCAUGGUGAGUUGGAUCUGAGCCGCGAUCAUGUCAUGUCGACUCAGAAGGAUGUUUAUGAUGUGAAGAUUUUGGCGGAUGGCGAGUUCAAGGAGAAGGGUGCUGUUGCUGAGACGAACUAAGGGGCUGGAAGCAGACUGAUGGCUGUACUUUUACGCUGCCGGUGCUGGUGCUCUGAUCCCGGGCUGGGAGAGAUAGAUGAUGGAUGACGAUGGAUGGAGGAUAUACAUACUUGAAAAGAUCGCCUGUUCUCGCAUGAUGCUACUGCUACUGUUAUCUCUGUUAUAAAUUGUAUUUUUAUCUCUACAUAUGUUCGGGUCAUCGUCCUGAUUGUUACAAAUGGCGUUUAGCAGACAGACAACAACACAACACCAGAC